AUGACGUCUACUACAUUGGCAGCCUUGGACGCAAGCAAGUUGCGCAUCAUUCGAAAUACCAAUCCUCUUGAACUCCCAAAUCCUGAUAACCUGCAGUUUGGAAAGAAUGUCACUGAAUGGUCAGAGUCUCACGGCUGGCACGAGCCUCAAAUCCUCCCCUACGGUAAUCUCAGCGUCGAUCCGACUGCCGGAGUGUUUAAUUAUGCAUUCGAAUGUUUCGAAGGAAUGAAAGCAUACAAAGACGCACAAGGACGAGCACGCCUUUUCAGACCCGAGGUGAACAUCGCACGCCUGAACGAAUCUGCUGCACGUGUGGCACUCCCAACAUUCGAUUCCACCGCAUUUUUGACCCUUUUAUCCGACUUCGUGGCAAUAGAGUCCCGACAUAUACCCGCGAUCAAAGCGUCGACAGACGGUAUUAACCGCCUUAGUAUCCGAGGGUACUCACUAUACCUACGCCCAGUCCUAGUUGGAACGAACCCAGGACUGAGCGUCUCUCCACCCACAUCUGCACUUCUAUACGUCGUCGCGUGUCCGGUGGGGUCGUAUUUCCAGGCCAGCCUUAAAGCGAUCACAUUGGAAGCGGUAAGUAGCUCGAAAUGGGUGCGUGCGUGGCCUGGCGGGAGUGGGUGCCACAAAGUCGGAGCCAAUUAUGCCCCCUCCAUGGUGGCGGAGGCGUGGGUCCGACAACGGGGGUCAGAUCAGGUACUCUGGCUUUUCGGCGAGGAUAAUCUGUUAACGGAAGUUGGGACGAUGAAUUUAUUCAUUGUACUCCGGCAACCGGAUGGGGAUCGAGAGCUCCUGACGCCACCAUUGGAUGGGACGAUCCUGCCGGGUGUGAAUCGGGACUCUGUGUUGAAAUUGGCACGGGAGAGGUUGGAGGGGCAUGGUUGGGUAGUCCGAGAGCGGAGUAUUUCGAUGAGUGAAUUGGAGAGCGCUAGUGAGGCGGGAAAUUUGGAGGAGGUGUUUGGGACCGGGACUGCAGCGAUCGUAAGCCCAAUCGACUCGAUUAGGUGGGAGGGGCGGACAAUUAGCUGUGGGUUGUCACCCGUGCAGGAGUUGGGGGUGGCGACGAAGAUGAGGGAUUGGAUCCAGGAUAUACAGUAUGGUGAAGAGGAGCAUGAGUGGAGUGUUUUGGUAGAUGACCUUGCCAAGGGUCCAGGGGCGAAACUUUGA